AAAAGCUUGCGGGCGCACCAGGAGGCGAGAAGCCGCGAGAAGCCAGAAGGCGCGUGGAUGCUCGACGUCGGCUUUCCUCGCAGCCAUGGGAACUUCGGGCUCUUCCACUCCCAACUUUCACUUUGGGACUUUGUGAUCGCGGGAUUUGCUCCGUUUUGCUGAGGACAUUGGAUCCGAGUUGGAAGAAGGAAGACCCUCCCUCAUGUGGCCUCUGGUGGCCCCCAAGCUGGGACUCUUCCACCCCCGGCGGCUCCUGCUCGGAACUCUGUGCGUAAAAGGCGCACUGAGCUCCGCAGGGGAGUAGAAGGAAGGUGGGCUCGACCUUCCUCUUCUGCUUCUUUUUUUUCCUCCUCUUCUUGCCGUCUUCUUGCCCCCAUCCCCCCCCCCCCCCCCCACCCUCCAUCGGCGUGCGCAGGUGUAUUUGUGUGCGCCAUCAAGAUGUCGCCGCUGCCCUCCAGGUUCUUCUACCUGUGUUUCCAUUUCCUGGUGCUCUACUUUCAAAUACAGGAGUCCCGGCAGAGCUCGGCUGACUUCAGGUUCUACAUCGAGAACCACACCAGGCACCCUGACGACCUGAGCCGCAAACAGGUGCGCAUAUACCAGCUGUACAGCAGGACCACGGGCAAGCACGUCCAGAUCCAGGGCAAGAAGGUCAACGCCAACGGAGAUGAUGGGGGCAAGUAUGCGCUCCUGGUGGUGGAGACGGAGACGUUCGGCAGCCAUAUUCGUAUCAAAGGCAAGGAGAGCGAACAUUACAUCUGCAUGAACGACAAGGGCAAAGUCGUCGGGAGGCCCGACGGCAGGAAGCAGGAGUGCGUGUUCGUGGAGGAGUUCCUGGAGAACAACUACACGGCGCUGGUGUCGGCCAAGUACAGAGGCUGGUUGGGCUUCAACCGCAAGGGGCGUCCCAAGAAGGGCUCCCGGACCAGCCAGCUCCAGCAGGAGGUGCACUUCAUGAAGCGCCACCCCAGGGGCCGAGAGGAGCCACCGGGGGAGUUCCACUUCACCACGGUCACCAAGCGGACACGGAGGGCUCGCCGACUCAAAGCCAGGAGGACUUGAUGGACAUGAAGAAGAAAGGAGAGCUUUUAUUUUUCUUCUCUGGCUGGAUCCGAGGCAGGAAGCUGCUGGGCCAAAUGGGAUUUACUUCUGUUGCCCCCGACGACCAGGACGCCAUACUUUCCAGGUGGAAUUAUUACACCUCACGCUGCUUGGUCUUCCGCUUCAUCCUUUUGGCCAUGAAGACUUCUUCUACCUCCUCCUGGCCAGCAGCUCCAGGACACAAGAAGAUAUUUAUUGUACACAACAUGUCUGAUAUAGCCUCGCCUAAUAAAAGGAGGAAUAUAUUUUCAAGUAAA